AGCCGCCGCUGCCGCUGCCGCUCCGCGACCGGGGGCGGCGGCUGCUCCGCGGAGCCCAGCGCCCGCCCGCCGAGGAGGGGGCCCGGCUGCAAGGGGCCGCCGGCGGGGCGCUUCCCCCGGGCGCUGCAGAGCCGGGAGAGCCCGUAACCCGCCGGCCCGGCCCCGGGGCCGCCCGGCCCGCCGGCAACACUGUUGCAAAGCCGGGUGCCGCUUCCGUCGGGACAGACACCUGUUCCAUUAGGACCUGGACUGAAGCCACCAGCUCACUCCACGCAGGUCUUCUGCACCUGCUGAUCCUGUUGCAGCAGGGACCCUCAAAGGAAUGGGACCGGAGCCUACCAGAUCCUGACAGCUGCCCCAGGCUGCUCCCCUCACCCAUCCUCCUCGCCCCGUGAUAAUGGAUGAGUGGAAACCCAACGCUCCAGCCAAACAGUUUGUCCCGCGGAAAAACCGGAGCUGGUACCUCGCCUGGAAGUACAAGCUGAUGAAUCAGAGAGCCGUCAGGCGGCUAUGCCAGAUGGGUGCCAUCCUCUUUCUGCUUGUGACUGUGAUUGUGAAUAUUAAGCUGAUCUUGGACACUAGAAGAGCUGCCAGCGAGGGGGAGGAGGAGUCUGCCCAAGACUAUGAUGAAGGUGUGCAGCAUCUGGAGAGCCUGCGCCGCCCCACCAGCACCAGGAAGGUCUUGGACAUCGAGGUGUACUCCAGCCGGUCGAAGGUCUACGUGGCUGUGGACGGGACGACGGUCUUGGAAGAUGACGCUCGAGAGCAGGGCAGAGGGAUCCACAUCAUUGUGUUAAAUCAGGCUACGGGUCACGUGAUGGCCAAGAGGGUGUUUGACACCUACUCACCCCAUGAAGACGAAGCCAUGGUCCUCUUCCUCAACAUGAUCGCUCGUGGCCGCAUCCUGAUCUUCUCUAUUAAGGACGAAGGCUCCUUCCACCUUAAAGACUCAGCAAAGAGCCUCCUGAAGAGCUUGGGAAGCCAGGUCGCCUCGUCCCUCAGCUGGAGGGACAUGUGGAGCUUUGUGGGGAAGAAAGGAGGCGAGGUGUAUGGCGAGAAGCAUUCCAAGUCUCCGGCGCUCUCCACAUGGGGGGACCCCGUCUUGCUGAAGACCGAAGUCCAGCUGACCUCCGUGGAAGAUGCCGAGUGCCGCUGGCCCGACACGGAGCUGAACCGCCGCCGGUGGAGGUUCUGCACCAAGGUGGAAGGUUACGGCAGCGUCUGCAGCUGCAAAGACCCCACGCCCAUCGAGUUCAACCCUGAUCCCGUGAGUGUGCAACGGCCAGCGGUCGUCUUCCCCUCCAAGCGCGAGCGGAGGAAGGGGAGCGGGAAGCCCUUGCCGCCAGCUGAGCAUGGAGCGCUCAAGGACAAUAAAGUCUUUAAUGUGCCUGUGGCUGUCAUUGCAGGGAACAGACCCAAUUACUUGUACAGGAUGCUGCGCUCCCUGCUGUCAGCUCAAGGGGUCAACCCCCAGAUGAUCACGGUCUUUAUUGAUGGAUAUUAUGAGGAGCCAAUGGACGUGGUGGAGUUGUUUGGCCUGAAAGGGAUCCAGCACACUCCGAUCAGCAUUAAAAAUGCCCGAGUGUCCCAGCACUACAAGGCCAGUCUGACUGCAACCUUCAACCUGCACCCGGAUGCCAAGUUUGCUGUAGUACUGGAAGAAGACUUGGACAUCUCCAUCGACUUCUUCAGCUUCCUGAGCCAGUCGAUCUAUUUACUGGAGGAGGACGACAGCCUGUACUGCAUCUCUGCUUGGAACGAUCAGGGCUACGAACACACAGCCGAGGACCCCUCGCUCCUGUACCGCGUCGAGACCAUGCCCGGCCUGGGCUGGGUGCUGAGCAAAAGCCUCUACAAGGACGAACUAGAGCCGAAAUGGCCAACCCCAGAGAAGCUGUGGGACUGGGACAUGUGGAUGCGGAUGCCGGAGCAGCGGAAAGGCCGGGAAUGCAUCAUCCCUGACGUCUCGCGCUCCUACCACUUCGGCAUCGUGGGGCUCAACAUGAACGGCUACUUCCACGAAGCCUAUUUCAAGAAGCACAAAUUCAACACCGUCCCGAAUGUGCAGCUCAAAAACGUGGAGAGCUUAAAGAAGGACGCCUACGAGAUUGAAAUUCACCGGCUCCUGGGCGAGGCUGCGGCUCUGGAUCACAGCAAGAACCCGUGCGAGGACUCCUUCCUGCCCGACACCGAGGGCAAGACCUACGUGAUGUACAUCAGGAUGGAGCAGGAAGCCGACUUCACCACCUGGACUCAACUCGCCAAGUGCCUUCACGUCUGGGACCUGGACGUCCGCGGGAACCACAAAGGCUUGUGGCGUCUCUUCCGCAAGAAGAACCACAUCCUGGUGGUGGGCGUGCCCGCCUCCCCUUACUCGUCGAAGAAGCCCGCUGCGGUGACCCCGAUCUUCAUGGAGCCCCCCGCCAAGGAGGAGGUGGCCGGGCAGGUGGCAGCAGCAGAGCAGACGUGAGCCGGAGAGAUCUCCACGGCACCACCGCACGCAGAGAGGAGAGGGGGCAGCGCUUGGUAGAGGCUGGGUACUCCCAGUGGGGAUGGGGUAGGGACUUCAGCUGUGCCCCAUGUGCUCCCCGGACGGAAACCGGGGCACAGGACCCCGCCCCUGCCUGGGGACUGGCUGCUGUCGCUGUGGGACCUCGCAGCGUUGCCCUGUAGGAUGUGACGCCCGCCCGUGCACACGGGCUCUCUUUUUAACACUGACUCUUUACUAACUUUGCCCCCCUCCUUAGGAGGAGGCAUUUUAAAUGCACCGGCUCCUUUAAGGCUCUCUCUGCCCCAUGGUGGGGUGGGAGGGGAUUUUGUAGCCCAGGAAGUGCCCAUGCCCUCAGGCCAGACUUUAUUUAUUAACUCUUGUGUGGCUGGCUCGCCCUGUGCCUGGCUUUUCCAUCGGGGCCUGUGCCCCUCUGACGGCUCUGCCCUGGGCCGGUGGUACCCUGGGCGUCUGAGCCAAGGUGGGUGAAAUGCCCUGUCCUCUGCCUGGUUUGUGGGGCAGAGAAGGGACCUGGUACAGCCCAGCUCGAGAGAGGUUUGGGGAUGUCACUGGUGGAAGGGCCAGAGCCUUGGGCCCAGCUCACGGCAUCCGGAGGAACAAGGAUCAGGGGAAAUGUGGCCUGUCUCUUUAAAUGGAAUUCUUCCCUCCCUCCCCCACUGCACGGAUCAGUGGAUGGCGCCAUGCGGGAGACCCGGGUUCAAGGCGCCCCCGCCCGGCCACCGAUGUCGUGACUCUUCCCAGCGCAAGCUCAUGCGUGGCAGCCAGCGAGCGGCCCGGAUUAGCCUCCCAGAGGCCGUGGUGCCAGCUGGAGAGGGGGUGAAGGAGCCUUGCAGAGCGGACGCUGCCCUGGUGUGUGAAGAGCAGCCUCUGCCUGCACGUGGGCCCAUCGCUUGCUGCCCAAAGCUUAAAGGGAAGACGGCAGCAAGGGGGUUGGGAGCCCAGCAACUCCAUCACAGGCAGCUGCUGCGGCAGGCCCUGUGUGCUGGAGGGGGCCAUGUCCUGCUGUGAUCACUACUGGUUCCCGGUGGUACUCGCCCACCCUGCCGGGCACUCUCAGCCCCCCUUGCGCUGAGCAAGAUUGGGCUGGCUCUGAGGAGCGGCCAUGGGAUGCUGCUCUCGGGCUGGGGGUGGCUGUCCCCUCUGACCCUGAGCCCUGCCAGCCUGACUGAAGCUACGGAAAGGGAAGACAUUCAGGGACGAGGCGGGUUUGGGUUUCCACUCCCCUCUGCGUGUGCCUUAGUGGAGGUUGCACAGGGCGGUGUGGGAUGAGUGAACCCGGCCUGUAGAUUUCCCCCCUAGCUGUAGCCAGCGGGAGCUGGGAGUGGCCCAGCAAGUGAUGCCACCGCGUUCCAGUUUGAUCUGAGUCCAAUAAGUCUCCGUCCUGUGGUCGAUGCCUAUAUAGAGAUGAUUCUCUUUUUUCCCACCCACCACCACCUUCCUGCCAAUCAGAUUUGCAGGAGCAGCUCUUCGAGCUGCCUCCUCCUUGGGGCGGAGGAGCAGGGGAAGGCCCCCACCCCGGGAGCUCUCCUUUGAAUUGGUUCGAGCUCUGGCUCCGAGUGUGGGAGAGACGGCGCCUGGAUCAGGCACUCCCCUGCGCCUCUGCUCCAUGGAAUCAGACUCUCAGCACUUCAGUUCCCCGGGCUGGCUUCCAGCCCCAAAGCUAACCAGACAAUGCAUUUACUGGCAGCAGACCUGGAGGCAGAUGGCAGUGAGCAGAGCACCAAUGCACUAUAAUUUGGGACGAGGAGAGCUGGGGGCUCAGGAACGAGACCUGUAGGAUUAUUGGUUUGGUUGCAGCCCAGGCAUGCAGGGAUAAGGGCCAAGACCAAGUGCCUAUCUUCCAUUGGCUUCAAUGGGAGUUAGGCAUCUAAAUAAUCUUGAGGUCUGGACCACAGUCCUUGCCAGCUGCUGGCUGUUUUGGCCCAUGCUAUGCAAGCUGGCUGGCUGGCAGAUCUGGCGUCCGCAUCACUCACAACUGGCCAUCUUGGCUGCAAGGUCAAGGGUCAAAUGGGGCAAACCCGUGGGGCAUUUGGACUGCCGCUGCCCAUGGUGUUUGUAGAAGAUUCUGCUCUCUUCGCUGGCCUGAUGUUCGCCGCGCAUCCCCCUCUCUGCUGCCAUGGUUUCCAGGUACGUUGGGACGGUCCCUGGCUGAGUGGCUGGGGCCAUCCACAUUUUGUGGCAACGGGGAAGGGGGAGGAGCGUCAAAGGGGCCUGAUGAUUUUAAAGGCGCAUGUGAUGAAAACCAAGUGAUCAUUAGAAGCAACUUGGCUGUACUGCGGAUCGAAACCCACCUCAGAUGAGCCUCCGAUCCCCAGGGAGUCUCCUGCAUAUAACGCUACAUUAACUUAUUUAUUUAUUCGACCGUAGGGAUGAGGUUUUGAACCAGGAAGGCACCUGGGGUCCUCUUUUGGGAUUGCUGUCAGAGUGGGGUUUCCCACUUAGCAGAUGUUGGGGUGUUCCAUUGUUCCAUUCCGUUCUCCCUUGGCCAGUUGACUUUGGCAGGGUUAUGAUGGCCUCUGGUGCUUUUUUUUUCUCUUCUCGCCCCCAAAAUGUACAGCAGUACCUCACUGGGUUAAACUGGGAAGCCCAAGCACAGGUGAUGGGGGAUUUUUGCAAACGCUUAAGGAAACGCGCACACAAAAUCGACCCAGCGUAUGUACUGUGAGUGCUAACUGUGCUCUGCCACAGCGAAUGCUCUGUAGCGUACUUUGCCGAGACCCGGAAAGUCCCCCUAGUGCUGUGUCUGCCGCUGCGUCUCCAAGAAGUGGAGAGAGACCUGUGUCUGGGGGGCAGGUUGCUGGGGAUGAAGUGUGGGCUGCUGCAGAUCUCCUGUACUGGUGGUGUGCAGUGACCGUUCUGAACCCCGGAGUGAUGCUCGAAGGCUGGAGGUAUCCUACUCCUUUUCUCUCGAAGAACCCCAUCCCCCCCCCCCCCGCCCCGGCUGCCUUUUGCAGACAAACUUUGAAAUAAAGCCCCUCCCUUGUUUUACAAUCGCUUGUGGGUUUUGGCCCUGAACUGCUGCUAAUUCCACUCUUGUUCUGUAAUCGGUUUAAACUUGUGGAGCAGAGAAGCUGGAAGAAGGCAACCCAAGCUGGUUCUUUGCACACUGAAAUAGUGUGAUUUGAUUGCUGGUGUCUCCUGGCUUUUUUUCUUACUACCUGGCCUCGUCCUGCAAAGGCCACAGCUGCGGGAAUCCUCCUCUAAUCAAUCUUUCUCAAGCCGGCUCCCCCUCUGCUCUAACCAAUGGCAUUGCAAUGCACAGAAAAAAAUGGAAGGGCCCGAUUGACUUCACUUGAUAGUGUCUGGGUCCUGCCCCAUAGAAGCCAAUUGUUGUUGUCUUCAGUUGUAACAGAAUUUGACUCUGGAAAGGGGUCACACUGUGUCUGGCUCUGCAGCGCCUCGAUGGGUCAAACUUUUCUUACCCUCCUUCCUUGAAAACUACCAGCUUCGUGCUGUCAGCCUCUUUUGUUGUGUGCCUCUCUCUCUCCCCUGACUGCCCCAGUCCAUCCGGCUUGGUCCGCGGGGCUGGCCAGCCCUGGCUUGCCCAGCUGCAGGGUCCUGUGUGUAAUGGGGUGGCAGGACAGGGGCUGUGUGAGGGACGGGCUGGCUUGCCCAGCUGCAGGGUCCUGUGUGCGAUGGGGCGGCGGGAUGGGGGCUGUGUGAGGGAUUGGUGCUUUCUGAAUCCGGUUUAUCUUUUUGUCAAAAUAAACAUUGCAGUCCUGUUUA